AUGGCUGAUGGUGGUGCCGCCGCACACACUCCCCCUCCCUCGAAGUCAACACCACAGGCCCCGGCACCGAAGCCAGAGGCUUCCAAUACUUCAGCCUCUGGCAGGGAGGGGGGUGAGCGUCCGGCUGGCCAGAAGGCGCGGAAGAAGACGCGACGCGUCAAGCCUGCCCACGGGGAGACCACCCUAUCCCCUUCCCCGACACCUAGCCCACGACCAGCCCUGCCCCGGCACGACAAUGCCCCUGCGGCUAUGCCAGCGUCGCCCCGGUGUGGGAACCCUGACCCUCAAACCCCCGAAACCGUGCCUGAUCCUGACCCCACACCCACUCCCCACCCCGAUAGAGAAACCCCUCGGGAUUCAACGCCUGCCCCUGGCAAUGCAACACCUCGCCCGGGGGCACACGAGCCCGAGCCAUGCCCAACCCAGCCACGCCCUGGCACUAACCUGGGGGGAACCACUGCUGCUCCACCUCUUGCAGCGACCGUGUUUCCAGGCCCCGGAGCGGGAACUGGGCCCCUGCCCCUCCCUGCCCACCCUCACCUGAUAAACCGGGGGCGGGGCAGGGCAGGAAGCGACACAGCUGGCCCUCCCCACCCUGGCCAUGCCCCCUGUCUUCCCCCAGCCAUUCGUAUUCCGGGAAGGGCUGGGGGGAGGGACCUCGGGCCCCAUGACCACCGAGGCGGGCGGGGAGGAGAAGGCCUAUAA